GAACAUGGGGAGCGGGGAGUGGAGGGUGGGGGAGGGUUGGAGACUGGGGUGGCCUUGGGCACGGUGGAAGCUGGGCGAGGGCAAGUGGGGUCCCCCUGGGGGGGACAGCGGGGCCGCGGGUCACCGAUGCCCCCAGCCCCCGAUCCCCUGGCCGGCGGGCACAGGGACGGCCGGGGCAAAGGUCCUAGCGAGGUCCUGGCAGUGGGAAGGAAGCUGGCGCCAGUGCAGCCCGGACUCGUGAGCGGGGUGAGAAGAAUCCCAUGGAGACAAUUUAAGGAAAAUUAAACGAGAAUGCAAAGAACACGUCAUCUGAGUAAACCCAAUACAUGUGGAUUUCCAACUUUGGCACUCCUGGCACGUGACGUCUGUCCUCCCACCUCUGGGCUGCUGGGGAACCAGGCACAAAGGGCUGCUGUCACUGCCACACUCGCUGAGUUGACAGCAAAUGCGUCAGAAUCCGUGUCCCUGGGAAGUUGCUCAUCUUUGUGGUCAGCGCGCUGAAGAAAUGGAUCUGGACCAACUGGACCUGAAUCCCAGAAUUAUUGCUGCAACUAAGAAAGCCAAACUGAAAUCCAUAAAGGAGGUUUUGCAUUUUUCUGGACCGGACUUGCAGAGACUGACGGGCCUCUCCAGCCCUGACGUGCAGCACUUGCUGAGCACAGCCUCCUCACACUUGCGGGGCCGCUGUGUGAUCACAGCCCUCGACCUGCACACGCACCGGGAGAGGUUCCCGGCGCAGCACCAGCGCCUGAGCCUGGGCUGCCCGGUGCUGGACGGGCUCCUCCGCGGCGGCCUGCCCCUCGAUGGCAUCACCGAACUGGCAGGAUGCAGCUCGGCCGGGAAGACCCAGUUGGCUCUGCAGCUCUGCCUGGUGGUGCAGUUCCCACGGCAGCACGGAGGCUUGGAGGCCGGUGAGUAGCUCUGGCUGGCAGCGGGCGGGGGUCAGCUCUGUUCUUGGGCAUCUUCCAUGAAGGUUGGGACCAACGGCCAGUUCCUACAGUUCGCGUCUUCUUCGCGCCCCUUAGCAGUCCCUUCAGAAGUGAGGGGACCUUGUAGGAGCAGCGCCCUCCUGACCAGCCCCUGCCCCCACGCGGACCUGGAGGUGGUCCCUGGCUGACACAAAGCCCCCUGGCGCUGUGAGGCU